UUAAAUAGAGUGAGUAAAAAAAUUUUGGAAGCCUCGGUAGCUAUACUUCAAUAUAUACAAGAAUGCACGCGUCCACUUGUUUUUCGCAUACUUUACAUUGGUAUAAAAAAUGCAAAUUAAAAUUCAAGUAAUUAUUUGACCCUAGAUAUAUAUUUUUUUUAUCAAUUUGACAAAAUACAAAAUACUUGGUUAUAAUUAUUAUUCUUUUAAAACAUUGACAAAGGGUGGGAUGAAAAGUACAGCAGAAAUAAAAAACACAUGGCGAGAAAUUACUGGGAAAACGAGGCCGUUUUCAAAGACAAUGAAUUUGAAAUCGAUUGCCUGAAUGAACAACUUUUUGAAUUACUUAAGACUCCAAUAUCUAAAUUAAUUCAAAAUAACACGCAUUUGCAAUCAUUGCCAGAUAUUAAUUCAUCAUCAAAUAAACCUGAGGACAAUCUUCAGCUAGUUAGCUACUCCGAAUCACCACCCGGACUAUAUCAAUAUAAAAAUGACUACAGCCUUUUCCACCAACAUGGAAGUCCUGUUAAGCCACAGCUACUCCAGCACUACUUAUCACCGAUUGGUGUAUUUUGGGACAUCGAAAAUUGUCGAGUACCUAAAGGUAAAUCAGCAUCCACCGUAGUACAGGCAAUUCGAGAUAAAUUUUUUAAAGGUUAUCGUGAAGCUGAAUUUAUUGUUGUCUGUGAUGUAUAUAAAGAAAGCAGACAAAUUAUACAAGAACUAAAUGAUGCUCAGGUAAAUUUAAUUCACGUACCAGCGACAUUUAAAAAUGCUGCUGAUGAAAAACUUAAGCAAACGAUACGAAGAUUUGCAGAUACUCAUGGCAGCGCAGCGGCUAUUGUUGUAAUAUCGGGUGACAUUAAUUUUGCUGCUGACUUAAGUGAUCUAAGACAUCGUAAAAGAAUGCACGUUAUACUUCUUCACAAUGAUCAUACAUCAAAAGCACUUAUUCAGUGUGCUAAUGAGCAUUAUAAUUUUAAAGACAUUCUGGAUCCCUUGCCUACGAGAACAGCUGCUGAAUAUUUUAAAGAGAAUCAAACGUUCGAUGUUUUAGUGAGUAAUCUUCCUAAAGAUAAAGGAUUCAAAGCAAUAAAAAGUAAACUAAAACAGCUAUCAGAUAACUGCGGUGGACGUGUAGUAGGAAUUAAUUCAGGUGCAGCUAUACUACGUUUUGGGUUGCAAGAUUGGGCUGAUAGAGCUCAACAACGUAUGAAUGGCGCGAAGGUGUUUGAUGCAAAGAUAAAAGUAAGGUCACUCAAGGAUAAAAGUAACCGAACAACCGAAGAAAAUAACUUAAUUGACUUAAUCACUGAGUCGGCAAACGUAGGAGGAGCUGCCGUAAGUUCACCCCUACCGAUGUAUCUUCCAAGCGCAAACAUUCCAGGUGUCCGUAGUCUUCCUGGGACACCUCAAUACAAUUCAUCGUCGCCGGUUGUUGGUGCAUUUGCCGGUUGGAAUGGCACUCACUCAUUUAAUUCCGGGACACUACCAACCCCAAUAUUGGGUCGUCAACAUCAAGGCAAUGGAGAUAUUUACAAUAGACAGUACUCGGAAACUAAUCGUACACAGUCGCCAUUAAUUUGGAGUAAUCAAACACAACAUUUUGGACGUUGGGAAGACUUUGGUCCUACGAAACGUCAGCAAAAAGAUCACGGAAGGUCUACGGUUUCCCAUCAGGACAAUGCAGUAUCUGACGUCGGUACCCGUGAUUCAGAUAACAUACGUCGUAAUCGUAGUGCUCAUAGUUCGGUGAACUCUAAUCAAGAUUGGAACAAUAUACCACGUCCUAAUUACUAUCAACUACCGGUACCAGUUAGUUAUAAACCAAAUUAUCCCCACGGGAAUAAUUCAAAACGCGUAAGUCCGGUACCAAGUCACCAAAAAAAUUUAGAUACUGGAUAUCACAGUAGUAAUGUACAAAAUUUUACUAAACCACGUCGGUCAGCACGAACACCAUCGCCAUAUAAAAAUAUUUCUAUGCAAGCGUCUAAUCGACAAACAAAUGCAUCACCUUAUUUACACAACGAUCCAACAAAAGAUAAUGACAAAUUCUUUAAUCCUAUUAACCGUCCUGGUAAUAUUUCCGGUAGUAAUAAUUGUACUAGUAGUAGUGUAAAUAAUAGUAGUAACAAUGGCCCAAUAGAUCUGCAAGUAACAAAUUUAGAUCAAAAUAUUGACGCUAAAACAAUGAGUCGUAUAUUACAUUCAAUGUUCUCUGAGCACGUUCGCGUUGAACAUGUCGGUAUUUUUAUGCAGUCUGAUGGAAAUUACGCGGCAAAUGUAAAACUUUCUUCAUUAUCAGAUUCCCAGUAUGCGAUAUCUCAGCUUCAUCGACGUAAAAUUGGAUUUAAGAGAAUUUUAAUAUCAUAUGGACAUACUGGUGGCACUAAUCCGCAAAUAGUGCGCUCGCAAAUAAUAAUGUUACUAUUAGAAGUACCAGGAUACCAAUUACCUCUGUUUAAAUUUCGUGAAAUGUAUGAAAACCGAUUUUUAAUGCCACUCUCUGUAUCUGAGCUCUAUAAAAUGAAGGACGUUUGUAAUGUCAUUGAAGAUACCAGCGGACGAAUGGUUUCACUUAAUCCGGAAUUCAGGAAUUCUCCGUCACCCUGCAUGGAAAAUAUAUCUCAGGGCGCAGCUCUGGAGUUGCCGUAUUGUCAUGUCCAUUAUCAGAAGCCGGGUGGUGACAAAGGAUGGGCUGAGCAAGAGAUUGAAUCUCUGCCAAGUGUCAUGAUGUCAUUAAAAAUAUUGGGACUCCAUAUCGAGAAGCUCCUUAUUACCCACGAUGGAAAUCUGCCUUUACUAACUUUGACUUUUUGUUACGAAGCGGAGUUCAACAAAGUCUUGAAAACAACCGAAAAUGGAGUACCGCUUGAGCAUUUAAUUUCAUGUUUAAAUUUCGUUGAGAUAAAGCAAGUGAACAGUAACGUAAAAUACGUAUUUUGGGCGAAAGAUAAAAUUGAUGAUUAUCGUGAAGAAAUAAAAUGUGCUAGUCCGGCUCUUGUCAAUCAGCUGACAUUAUUCAGCCGGGAGCUGGUUGAUCUGUUGAAGACUGCGCCGCACUGCCAGAUUCUUUUCAAUAAAUUCAUUCCUGCUUAUCAUCAUCACUUUGGACGACAGUGUAGAGUAGCUGAUUAUGGGUACACUAAACUCAUUGAUCUAUUGGAAGCUCUACCCACUACUAUACAAGUAAUGGGUGAAGGAAAUAAAAGAACAGUUACUUUGUCACAUCGUGCACAAAUACGUCGCUUUACUUCCGAUCUUCUUCGUGUCCUGAAAGCUCAAGCAAGUAAACAAGUAACUCUGACGGAGUUUCCGGCAGUUUACAACCGUGUUAUUGGCAAGCAGUGGGAUCCAGUUGAUUACGGAGUCUGUGAAAUAGGUGACAUUUUAAGUGAAGUUUCUGAGCACACAGUUGCUGUGAGUGAUGUCGAUGGUGACAAAUUAAUAGCAAUACCUAAAAGAGAUCAAAACCCCGAAGAAAAAGAACGAACAAAACAAUUUACCAUAGAUGCUAUUGAACUGCUCAGUCAUACUCCGCACUGCACAAUGCAGUUCAAUAAAUUCGUUCCUUCCUAUCAUCACCACUUCGGUCAUCAGUGCCGUGUCUCAGACUAUGGGUUCACUAAAUUAAUUGAAUUAUUUGAAGCAAUACCUCAUGUGAUACAAAUAAAAGAUGUUCCUGAUGGUGAAAGACUUAUUAGUUUAACUGAGCCAGAACGUUUUCGUGUUCUGGGUGAACAGAUUAGUAAACUCGUAGGACAAUCCCAAGGUGGAGUAUUACUGUCCAACAUUGGACAGUUUUAUUCACACCAAUUCGGCUAUAUACUUAAUCCCGAGUUUUAUGAGUGCAAUUCAAUGGAGGAAUUGAUGAGAAAACUCAGCAACGUUGUACAAAUAAUUCAAACAACAAAUGGGCCAACUGUUAUUCUUGUUGAUAAAUCUCAGUCACAAGUAUUAGGAUUAAAGUGCCGUAGAAUUUUAAUGGAUCAAUGCCAGCAACGUUUACCUGUCCAUGAAUUCCGUCGUAUUUAUGAUAAAUAUUUCGGAGUGUCUUGUGAUCUUAGCGAGAUAAGAAAUAAUUUAUCAGAUAUAGUUGAAUUUAUAACCGUUAAUAAUGAAGAAUUUAUUGGGUUAACAGCUCUUCAAUGUUUUGCCUGUAAUUUAUAUCGAGUUUUAAUUAAAUAUCGUGGUAAAUUAAAUCUCGAUUUAUUUGAAAACGCUUAUUUAAAUAUUAUUGGCACUGAAGUCAAAGCCUCACACUAUGGAUUCUCAUCAAUAAAUGCCCUUCUUCAAGCGCUACAGUGUACCGUGACAAUUAAAGAGACGCGAAGUAAAAAGAAAAUGAUAUUUUUGAAUAAACAAUUAGGAACAGUAGGAAUCCCAUUACCAAUACAGCUGACGUCUCCAUCAAGUGAUCAAGAUUCUAGCAAUGAGUCGAUCCGCAGCGAAUCUUCUCAAUCAAAUUACAGCUCAGUGUCAUCUAGACUGAGUGCAUGGACCGCUAAUAGUUUUCCGAAAGCCUGGAACAGCAACAAUGAAAAUAAAUGGAGCCAAUCAGCGCAAAAAAAUUCUGAACAGUGGCCAGUUAUUGAUGAAAAUGGUGAAACUUUUCUUAAAAAUAUUGUCACACGCACGUCGUCAACGUUUAUGGAUAAUUUACCAAUGGGUACCAAGACUGGGCUGUCAGACUCGAUAAACAAUCAUGAAGAAAGUGAUAGCAAGAGUGAGUCUUCAGUGUGGGCAUCACCGCCUCAAUAUGUUCCAAAUACUUACUCAACAAAUGUCGAUUUACCACCACUGACAUUACCCGAGUGGGUUCACGAUGACGAAGACGAUCCAACUAAUCUCCUGUCUCCAGCUAAAAAUCUACUGUCUGCCGCAGCCAAUCCUCUCAAUCCGUUUUAUUCAAGUCAUGCGAUAAUGGCUCCGCAUCCAUCUGAGCUGCCUCUUCCUUCUCUAUCACUGGUACCAAAGCGCGAUCUAUUUUCUGAUACUUCAAAAAAUAGCGACGACAAAGUAAAUUCAUGUAUUCUUGGUAAUUCAUUGGAAAUUUUGAGCCCGAACCGUUCAAAUACAACUUCCGAAAGUAGUGAGCCAUCGCAUCACACUACUGAGAGUGAAAGUUCACAAAUAAUUGACAGUACACCAAAAAAAACGGUAACAGGUAAGCGCAGUAAACUCGCAGCUCAAUUUAAUCAGCCAAUCGAUUCUUGAAAUAGAGGCUUUAUUUCACUCUUAUUUUUUUUUUAUAAUAAUCAUAAAAUAGUAAUUGAUUAAUGAAUGAACAAAAAAAUGUAAUUAAUUAAUUAAUAAUUAUCAUCUUGAUCGUCUUAUUUUAAUAAAAAUAUCAUUACGGUAAAUAUUACACGAGAAUAUAAUACUAUUUUAGAUUUUUAUAAACAAUAAAAAUACACAUCUCUCAUCGGUAUCGCAGAGCAUUUUUUGAGGCUGUGAUAAAAGUAAUAAUUAAUAUAAUAUUGUAGAUAUUAAUUAUAAAGUUGUAAUUACCUACAUCGAUUGUAGAAUUAAUGUAUGAUUAUUAUAAUUAUUAAUUUUUGUAAUUGAAUUAUUUCAAUAACUUUGUGAUAAAACUAACGUUUAAAAAAUGUAUUUAUUAUUUUACUAUAACUAUUAUUUAUUAUUAUUUUAAAAACAAAAUACUUUUUCACAAUUAUUUGAUAUUUUUAAUUAUAAAUACAGUUGGUUUUAUCAUAAAUAUUUUAGAAAUAAUAAUUAUAUUAUACGUAAUAUCAUUUAAUUAAUAUAAAUAAUCAUGGGUACCAGUAAUUUAAUGUAAUUAUUAAUUAUAAAUAUAAUUCUAUUAUUAAUUUAUGUCAUAAGUGCACAAAACUCAUGUUUCUUAAUAGAGAAACAUUUUUAAAUGUUUAUCUCUCAAGUAUUCUAAAAAAAAAAAAAAAAUUAUAAAAAAUAAAAAAAAUAGAAAAAAAAACUCACAAGAUUGUAAAGUUUUACCUUUAAGGGCAUUCUCAGACAGUGCCCUCACCCCCACAUUUUUUAAAAAUAUUCAGAGAUGUAACUGUCAGAACCGUAUUCAAAUUUUAUUAAUUAAUUAAAGAAAAGUUAAAGCGUUAAUUAAAAAAUGAUAAUUUUACAGGGGUAUAGAUUUGAAAAAAAUAAUUAAGGGCAUUCUCAGACAUUGCCCCCCACUUUUUUUAAAAUAUUCAAUGACUCAACUGUCAAAUUGUCUAAAAAUUUUAACAAUUAAUUAAAAAAAAAAAUUUAAACAUUAAUUGGAAAAAAAAACGCAGUUACAAUUUCGCAGAUAUAGAAUUUUUUUUAAAAUUAUUUACAGUUGCCAUCAAUUAGGAGUCAAACGAAGUUUUUUAAAUAAAUUUCAGCCUACAAAAUUUGAAUUAUAAAAUUGAUAUAAAGAUUUUAUUGAAAUUUAUUCGACAAAUUUCGUUUGACUCCUAAUUGAUGACAAUUGUAAGUAAUUUUUAAAAAAUUCUAUAUCUCGGUAAAAUUGCAGUUGUCUUGUUUUUUUUUAAAUUAAUGCUUCAAUUUUUUUUUUUUAAUAAUUAAUAAAAUUUAGAGAAACUUAUGAUAGUUCAAGGUCAUUUCACAUUUUCAAAAAGUGGGGGAGUAUUAACUGAGAAAGGCUUUUAGGGCCAGUUUUUUAAACCGGGUUUAUUUUUAUUUCGGGUUUAAAUUAUUAAUGCUGGCAUAUCUAUAAUUUAUUAGUGUACAAAUAUACUAGCAGUAUUAAUUAAAACCCGGUUUGAAAAACUGGGCCUAAGAGUUAAACGAAAUUCGGUAAAUAAAUUUUAGUUUAAAAAAUUUGACAUUUCGAAUUGUAAAAUUGACAUGAAGAUUUUACUGGAAUUUGUUUACCAAAUUUCAUUCUACUCCUACUUAAUAACAACUGUAAUAUUUUAAAAAAUCUAUCCUGGUAAAAGUGUCCUUUUUCCAAUUAAUACUUUAACUCUCCUUUAAUUAAUUAAUAAAAUUUUAAUACUGUUAUGACAGUCGAGUACUUGAAUAUUUUUUAAAAACGGGGGCGUUUUUUGAGAAUGUCCUUAAAUAUAUUUAAUCAUCAUCAUUAUUAUUGAUAUUUAUGUAAUAAUGUAUGAUGUUAAAUUUUUAUACAUUUAGUUUUAUUUUAAGUAUGACUGUAUGUGAGUUGUAAUCUAAUUAAUCGAUUAAUUAUAAAUAAUCUUUGAUCCUAUUUUUCAUAAAAAUAAAAAAAAACAACAAAAUUAUAAAUAAAAUAUAAAAUGAAUGAAUUAUUGUAAUUUGAUAUAAUUGUAGAAUCAAAUGAGUGAAAGUGUAUCCAAAGUUUUUUGAAUUUUAUCUGAUUAGAAAAAUAUUCUUUGUAUGAGAUUUUAUCAAUAAUUGAAUCGGUGUAAAUAAAAUCGAGCAUUCGCGGUGCGAAAUUAAUAAUCAACAAAAAAAAAAUAAUUAAGUACGUAUUAAAUAUAAAAAAGAACUCAGGUUUUAAAGAUUAAUAAAUGCCAUAAUUGUCGACUUAAUAAUAAACGUUACAUUGCUAUUAAAUAUUAAUCGACAAUAAAUAAAAAUAAAUAAUUAAUUUAUUAAAUUAAUUAAUAUUGGCGUUUUUAUAAAUCAAAAUAGCUUGACUUCUUUAUUAUUAUAAAUAUAUAUGUAUAUAUUUAUAUUUAUUAUUAGCAUAAUUAAUUAUAUUAUAUCUCUGAUGUAUUUAUGUCAAUAAGUUACAAUAAUUAAAAUUAAAUUGUUAAUUUUUUUUUAGUUAUUUAAUAGCGUAAUGUAUCGAUUAAAUUUAAACCGAAAGAGAUCUCUUGUUUAUAAUAAAAUAAUUAUAAAAAAAAAAAAAAA